CAGUAAGCACUUGGURCUCACAACUAUUGAACGUCUGGCGUUUGACGCCCAGUGAAUCAAUAAAGGCAUAAGUYGAGUUAAAAUUCAAUGUGGAUUACUCUUCACAGUCUGUUUGACAAACUGCUUGGUGGAUACUGAUUGGAAACUAACAUUAGUGAUAGUGAUGAGGAGAAAAGACGCAAGCCCGAAUCGUAAACGUAAUAAAGUAACAGUGGUCCAGUCACCAAUCAAAGUCAUCCUUCUUGGCAGUGAUGGUGUUGGGAAGUCAGCGUUGACAGUUCGCCUCCUUACUCGACGAUUYAUYGGUGAAUACGAUACGACACUUGAAGCGACAUAUCGCCAYCAGGUUGAGAUUGACAGCGAGCAUGUGUCAAUCGAGUURAUGGAUACWGCAGGAGAGGUUAAACCUAUAGAAAUACUGCUAAAACUCCUCUCAUUUCAGAACUCAUCCGUAAAACUAAACCGUUGCCUGACMAAAGGCGAUAUCAUCCUCCUACUGUACUCGAUCACAAACCUUCAAAGCUUUGAAGAAGCCAUAAGAAUAGCAAGUUACGUCAAGGAUCACAAGACGUCUGAUGCAUAUGUUAUGACUUUGAUAGGAACUAAAAAAGACCUCGAGCACCUCCGGGAGGUAGACGAGAUCGAAGCGAGAAGAUACRCGGAAGAAUUGGACUCGGGAUUUUACGAACUUUCUAUAUCAGACAGCGAAGGUUACCAACAAGUGUCARACGUUGUAAAGAAUUGCGUUCAACAGUUUUUAAGGAAGGACAAAAAGGAACGGACUUCGAGAAGUAAUAAUUCAUCGCUUGUUAAAAUGAAAGAAGGGCUGAUUCGGAGAACUGGUUCUUURAGAAGAAAGUCAGUCGCGUUUUGACGGUGUUUUUCUUUUUCCCUGUUUUCACAUAUCAAUUCAUCUAAUUUAAUACUAUUGGAUUACUGCUAUGAAGCCGCAUAAAUUUAAUAGAGUUAAUUUAAUUUGACCAUGCAGUGAAAAUAAAUAUUCAACUGGAGUCAAGUCAUUAAAUCCGUGAAACAAAUCUUAGCGUGCCAGAGUGAGCUCUAUAAACCCAUGAAACAAAAUAUGACCAUUAAAGUGUGAUAGCCAUGGACACAGAAGAAAACAAUGCAAUUAAAGCGUACAAAGGUGCAUUAGUUUGAUAUCCAUUUCACGGGUUUUUUGUCUUCACUCUAGUAAUGUGGGUAAAGAACAAAAGAAAAUAAUAGAUAUUAGCAUAAUAUAAACUAUUAGUCUCACAAAAUGACUCUAAAGAGCUCCCAGAAUCCCAAUCGGUUUCCAAUCUGCCAUUUUCGAUGAUCAACGUCUAAGAGGUGUAUGACGUGUAUGGGUAAAAUGUAUCAAUCAGUCUGGUUAUAAAACUGAUAAAUCACAAUGGACUAUUCAGGUAACCUUGGUGAUGAUAUUCUUUAAUUCGAUGCUUCCACUUUUGCGCUCAAAAUUUAACACUUUGCUCACGAUUUGACAGUAGUAUUUUCAGAUAAUCAAGAAGUUCCCAAAAUAAACGUCUUUAAACUGACUAUAACUAUAGGACUAUAAGUUUUUGAAAAUUAAAGCGACACCGUAUUUUCAUCAAGUACUAUAUAUAUAUUUACAUAUAUUCAUUUUACAAUGACACUGAAUGAUUGUCCUUUCCYAAUACCUUUUUUCGCUGUUUUUUAAAAAUUUUAACUUGAGUCACAGUUAACUAUGGUUGAGUUAAUAUUCUUGCUUUCAAAUUUGUGUUAUUGUAAUUUCGAUGUAAUUAUCGUAAUGCAACGACUCAAUGAUUCAAAACAAAGUAUAGAGCUCAAUACGAUGAAUAUUUAUACACGGUUAUUAUCUGAUCUACGAUGUUAGCACCGUUUCCAGUCAAUAUAUGUACCGAGUGUUGGUAAAAAACAGCAUACUACCUAACAUAUUUCGAAAUAUUGUGCACUGUGUCAAAUACUAUCAAUAAAUACUGCAUAUUUUGUGGUAUCAGUACUCGUGUUUCUCGUACUGGCAAUAUAGCCUUAUGUCUCGAAUCUCACUGCAACGUCACUUUAGGSUUGAUUAUCACCUAGYRUAAAAUUAGAAGUUCCUCAUGCWUUGGGGUCGAUGACAUACCCAAGCCUCUUCUUAGCCUCGUUGUUCAAAAAUGGCACUGUUUCUGAUCGAACGAUUGGUUCGGUAAAGUAGUAUGGAUCGUCUGGAUGGACAAAGGAAGUAUGCAGCAUAUCAACACUUCUUGAAAUAUUGCCUUUUUGUUCGCGUAGAGAUUUUCUGUCGCCACAGAAAAGAUAUGAAGUUAAACCUGUCGCUGAAAKGAUGCCAACGAUUGUKACUCCGAUAGCGAUUGCAGCAGUAACGAAGACCAUAAUCUCUAAGAUGGUGAAGUYAAGUUAUAGAGUUUUUGAGCGAAUUAUAUAGUAACGCGUCUGUUCUUGUACGGUUGUUGAGGCAUGGAAAGGGUAAACGAAGGCAAUGCAAAUGAG